AAACGAAUAGUGCGUCUUCCCAUGUAGGAGGAGCGGCCACUCCUUUGACGGGCACCUCCACGACCAAUGGUAACAGCCAAAGACCAAUGCACACUCCUCCCCCUGUUGAAGCGGCUACAGAGCGGAAGGUUACGCGAUUUGGAGCCUCCAAAGUGGGACGAGCAGAGGCGCCAGCAACGAGGAGAUGGAAUUGCCGGGCAAGAACCCACAAAAUAAUGAAAGAAAUCAAACAGGAUAGCAGCAAAGGCCAAAAGCAGCAACAAGAUUCAAUCAUUUCAGGAAAUACAUGUACAAAGAGAAUCCUAGUCCUAAUGACUUUGUUAUUAGCAUGUGCUGUUCGUCUGGGGACAGAAAAUACAGUAUUGACAUAUGCAUUGAAACUUCCUUACAAAUUCUCCAACUGGCUCCAAAAGAAGCCACAGUCUUCUUCUUGGCCAUUCAAGCAGGAGGUCUUGGAGCAGUUUUGUUGCUGAAUGAUCCAGAGGAAAUAGCGGCUUUGUAUCGUAACCUGAGCCAGUUCCCAUCUCUUUCCAGUGCCUGUAUUGGGCCUGAGGUAACAACUCAGUAUGGGGGCAAAUACUGCAACGUUUACACAGAGUGGUCGCAGCGGGACUUGGAAAGAGCUGAGAAUGUGAAAUUCUGCCGCCAGUACCUCAUCUUCCAUGAUGGCCAGUCCAUUGUGUACUCGAGCCCUUCUGGCAACUGCACUGAAAUCAAGGGAGAGCUGCUCAGUCGGGACUCUCCUAGUGGGCUACAGAAAGCUGUUCUGCGAAAGACUAGCAACAGCAAAGGCGAGGAGAAGCAGUUCCUCGAGGUAUGGGAAAAGAACCGCAAGGUGAAGAGCAUCGAGCUGACAGCCCUGGAGAAACACGGCCAAGUGUAUGAGGAUGACCAGUUUGGCUGCUUGGCCUGGUCACACUCAGAGACUCACCUCCUCUAUGUGGCAGAGAAGAAGCGUCCCAAGACUGAAUCCUUCUUUAAGCCAAAAGCCCCCGAGCUGAGUGGUGAGGAGGAUCUGACCAAGACUGAGCAACGAGACAAAGCCAUUAAGGGGGAGCAGUUUGUAUUCCAUGAAGACUGGGGAGAGACCCUGGUGGCUAAGAGCAUUCCUGUGUUGUGUGUAUUGGACAUAGAGAGCAACAAUGUCUCAGUGCUGGAGGGUGUUCCAGAUCACAUCUCCCCCGGGCAGGCCUUCUGGACCCCUGGCGACACGGGGGUGGUGUUCACUGGCUGGUGGCAUGAGCCUUUCCGUCUAGGGUUGCGGUACUGCACCAUUCGCAGAUCAGCCCUUUUCCAUGUGGACCUGACAGGUGAUCGUUGUGAGUUGCUGUCAGAGGACACCAAGGCCAUUUGGUCUCCACGCUUUAGCCCAGACCAGUGUCGCAUUGUAUAUCUGGAGAACCAGGCUUCUGGGCCCCACCAGCAAUGCAGCCGACUGUGCAUGUAUGACUGGUACACAAAGCUCACUUCUGUUGUAGUGGAGAUUGUGCCUCGGCAGAGCCAAGGUGAAUUCACAGGGAUCUACAGCACAGCACUGCCUGAGCACUGCUGGGCAGCAGACAGCCAGAGGGUUGUGCUGGACACAACUCAGCGCAGUAGGCAGGAUCUGAUUGUGGUGGAUACAGUGACAGGCAAAGUGUGUUCUCUUACCAAGGGGUCCCAGCUUGGAAGCUGGGCACUGCUCACUGUUGACCGAGAUCUUCUAGUGGCCAGAUUCUCCACUCCCAACUGCCCUCCCCUGCUGAUGGUGGCUUUCCUACCUCCUGCUGGCAAGGAAGCGGAAAUCCACUGGGUGUGCCUGGAAGAAGCCAGCCCAAUUCAAGACAUCAUGUGGGAUAUCCAUACACUGCAGCCUCCUCCAGAACAGGACAACCUCCAGUAUGCAGGGCUUGAUUUUGAAGCCAUCCUACUCCGACCCACUGAGGUGCCAGAAAAGGCCAAGUUCCCAUUGGUGGUGACACCUCACGGAGGCCCGCACUCUGUGUUCACCACCAGCUGGAUGCUAUACCCAGCUGUACUCUGUCGGAUGGGCUUUGCCGUGCUACUGGUGAACUAUCGAGGAUCACUGGGCUUUGGCCAGGACAGUGUGGACUCCCUGCCUGGGAAAGUGGGCAAUCAGGAUGUCAAGGAUGUGCAGUUCUGUGUGGAGCAGGUACUGCAGAAGGAGCCCCUCGAUCCACAGCGGGUGGCUGUGCUUGGGGGCUCGCAUGGCGGCUUCCUGUCCUGCCAUCUCAUUGGCCAAUACCCUGGCACCUACAAGGCCUGUGUGGCCAGGAAUCCAGUGGUCAACAUGGCCUCCAUGGCUGGAAGCACUGACAUCCCUGACUGGUGCCUGGCUGUGGCUGGCUUACCCUAUGACCACGCUGCUCUCCCUGAUCCCAGACAGUGGACAGAGAUGUUGCUUCAUUCGCCUAUGCAGUAUGUUGAUAAGGUUCAAACACCUGUUCUCCUAAUGAUAGGGGAGGAAGACAGGCGUGUGCCCCCCAAACAAGGGCUAGAAUAUUAUCGUGCCCUGAAGGCCAGGGGCAUUCCAACACGGAUGCUGUGGUAUCCAGGCAAUAACCAUGCACUGUCUGGUGUAGAUGCUGAGGCUGAUGGCUUCAUGAAUAUUGCACUCUGGCUGAUUCAGCAUUUGAAAUGAUGUUUAUGGAAGCUGGACUACCCCUGACAUCACCCACCUCCCAAUUAAGCAGAAUGGCUAGCUAACCAAGAUUCAAGUCACUCCUGUUCCAAACAAUAACUAUGAGGACUGAAUGCUCUGGUACCUUCACCCAUGGUCUUCAGAGUGUGGAUGGGUCAAUGGAUUCGGUGACAGUGACUGGCAUGUGUUCUCUUGGCCAGCUCAGUUGUGCCAGAGGCAGAGGUCACCCUGGCCACAUGCUGUUGCCAAAUUGCGCACCCUUCUAAUCAGUUCCACCACAAUGGGUAACUACACACGUGGACAAAUGUGUUGGUACCCCUCCAUGAAAAAAGAAGAACCCACAAUUGUCUCUGAAAUCACUUGAAACUGACAAAAGUAAUUGGCACCCAUCAUUGUUUAUUCCAUAUUUAACAAAAAUAAGACGUUGCUUUAGAAUUUUGAUGCAACAGAAUAUUUCAAAUAAUAACACAAAUGAAAAUGGCAUGGGCAAAAAUGAUGGGACCCUUCACCUAAUAUUUUGUUGCACAACCUUUAGAGGCAAUCACUGCAAACAAGCAAUUUCUGUAGCUCUUAAUGAGACUUCUGCACCUGUCAACAGGUAGUUUGGCCCACUCUUCCUGAACAAACUGCUCCAGCUGUGUCAGGUUUGAAGGGGGCCUUCUCCAGACUGUAUGUUUCAGUUCUUUCCAUAGAUGUUCAAUAGGAUUCAAAUCAGGGCUCAUAGAAGACCACUUCAGAAUAGUCCAAUGUUUUGUCCUUAGCCAUUCUUGGAUGCUUUUAGCUGUGUGUUUUGGGUCAUUAUCCUGUUGGAGGAUCCAUGACCUGCGACUGAGACAGAGUUUUCUGACACUGGGCAGUACAUUUCUCUCCAGAAUGUCUGGAUAGUCUUGAGAUUUCAUUGUUCCCUGCACAGACUCAAGGCACUCCAUGCCAGACGUAGCAAAGCAGCCCCAAAACAUAACCGAGCCUCCUCCAUGUUUCACAGUAGGUAUGGUGUUCGUUUCUUUGGAAGCUUCAUUUUUUCAUCUGUGGACAUAUUGCUGAUGUGACUUGCCAAAAAGCUCCAGUUUUGUCUCAUCUGUCCAAAAGACAUUCUCCCAGAAGCAUUGUGGCUUGUCAAUAUGCAUUUUAGCAAAUUCCAGUCUGGCUUUUUUAUGUUUUUCUUUCAACAGUGGAGUCCUCCUGGGUCUUCUUCCAUUGAGCCCACUGUUACUCAAAAAGCGACAGAAGGUGCGAUCAGACACUGAUGGACCUUGACCUUGGAGUUCAGCUUAUAUCUCUUUGGAAGUUGUCCUUGGCUUUUUGUCUACCAUUCUCACUAUCCUUUUGCCCAUUCUGGGGUCGAUUUUCCUCUUGUGGCCAUGUCCAGGGAGGUUGGCUACAGUCCCAUGGACCUUGAACUUUUUAAUCAUAUUUGCAACUGUUGUCACAGGAACAUCAAACUGCUUGGAGAUGGUCUUAUAGCCUUUGCCUUUAACAGCUUGUCUAUAAUUUUCUUUCUGAUCUCCUCAGACAACUCUCUCCUUUGCUUUCUCUGGUCCAUGUUCAUCGUGGGACACAUAAUGAUACCAAACAGCAGAGUGACUGCUGUUCUCCAUUUCAGUAGGAUGAAUGACUGAUUGCACAAUUGGAGACGUAUGAUACUAAUUAAAGAAAACAGCUCAUUUGAAAAAUCAGUCUAUUCCUAUUAUUUAUGAUCUUUUCUAGGGGUACCAACAAAUGUGUCCAGGCCACUUUUGAAUAUCUUUGUAGAAUAAGCAAUACUUUAUCUCUUUCACACUUGAUGACAUAUCAAAGGCAUGCAGGUAUACAUGGGGCAAUUGCUUUUCAUUUAAUCGCUUUUCAGGAGGCAUAAAACACUUUUUCAAUGAGCUGUAAGGGUACCAACAAAUUUGUCCAUGUGUGUUUUUGGAAGUGACAAAUGCUGAAGCCUUGAAAAAUGAUCCUAUACAAUGUUAAUGCAAUCUUUGUCUUUAGAAACUUGUCUUUGGGAGCAAAACUGGAAAGUGUGAGUCCCACAGGGUCUAGUUGCAAAUGGCAAAUAAAUACAACUGAUUAUCUAAGA